CUACUAGUUGAGAAAAACAAGAAUAGAGCUUAAAUUUGCAAAUUAGGAGACACAACACUCAAAAUCUAAGGUUUUGCAAGUCUCAAAUUGAAAUUCUUUGAUGCUUAUUCAAACCCCACUACAAUAAUUCUCUAGUGAUUGUAUAAAAAAAAAAAAUGGAUGGACCACCAGCCAAUGAUGUUUGUUCAGUAUGCCAUGGCACUUUUCAAGUCCCUUGUCAAGCUAAUUGUUCCCAUUGGUUUUGUGCUAGCUGUAUUCUACAAGUUUGGGAUCAUGGAUCCGCCCUUCAAGCAUGUAAAUGUCCAUUAUGCCGCCGUCCGAUUAACUUGUUGGUUCCUAGUGAGUCUGCAUCAGGGUUGCAUCGAGAUCCUGAAGUUUUACGAAGAGUUGAACAAUAUAACCGCCACUUCGGCCAACGUGCCAAUAGCCUUCUCCAGAGAAUGCAAGAUCUUCCUUUUCUCCUCCGGAGAUUACUGCGAGAAAUGACAAAUCCUCAAAGAUCUCUUCCGUUUGUCAUCAGGGCACGUGUCUAUUUGGCAGUAUUUUUAAGUGCUAUAUACGUACUUAGCCCCGUGGACCUUAUCCCAGAAGGGUUUUUGGGUAUCAUAGGUUUAUUGGAUGAUCUGAUUAUCAUGUUCAUCUGUUUCUUGCAUGUUGCUGCUCUGUAUAGAUCAGUUCUUCUGUUUCGCCAUGGAGGUUCUUAAACGCUUGCAUCAGACGACAACCGCAAAAAAUGAAAAAGAGACAAAUCAUGCCAGAGAUGACCAACAUUUUCUUGUUUCUGUUAUUUCUCAUGCAAUCGGUGUUUAGGGGGUGUUCGCUGGAAAAUCUGUACUUUUAACAAGUGGUUGAGCUGGUGUACUGCAAAUAUAACUCGUUAUCGAGUUACAGUCUAUAACUCGUUAUCGAGUUUCUGGCAUCCUUGCAAGCUU